GUGUCCUUACCCCUUUUUAAAAGUAAGGUUAACAUAUUGUUACCAAUUUUAAUAUAAUAAUUUAGAAAUGUCGAAAAAACGUGGGGCCAAGAAGGGAAAAAAUUUGGAUGAUGAUUUUGAAGAAACCUCCAGUAUUAUUAGCGAAAAAGAAAAAAUAAAUUCGAAAACUCCCAAAAAUAAGACUACUAAAAAAGGGAAAAAAGGAAAGGAUGACUGGAGUGAUGACGAGGAAAUUGAACAAGGCAAAGAAGUUAAUCAAUCUGAACCAGCGGAAAGUAAACCAGUAGCCAAGAAAAAGGGCAAAAAGGGCAAAGGCAAUAAGAAUGAUGACUGGUCAGACAAGGAAGAAGCGGAUAUAAAACUUUCAGACAGUGAAACUGAGUCAAUGCCAGUAGCAGUGAAAAAAUCCGCUAAGAAAAAUAAGAAAAAGAAAGAUGAUUGGUCAGAUAAAGAGGUUGACAUACAAUUAUCUGAAAGUGAUAUUGAAGAGGCACCUAAAAUUGUUAAAAAGUCAGCUAAGAAAAAUAAGAAAAAAGAUGAUUGGUCUGAUAAAGAAGAUAUAGAAAUAGAAACUAAAUUAUCUGAUAGUGAAGAAGAACUAGCACCAGCUAUUGUUAAAAAGUCUGCUAAGAAAAAUAAAAAGAAUAAAAAUCAGGUACGUGAUGAAUCUCCAGAUAUUGAGGAAAUGGAAGCACACGAUGAAGGUUUUAAGGAGGAUGACGUAAGCGAGGAAGAAAUUGUAAAACCUGUUAAACAAGACAAAAAGAAAAGCAAAGGCAAAGAAUCAAAGAAGGAUGAAAGUAAAGUUGAUGUAGAAGUUAAAGAAGAAAUUAAGGAAUCUAAAGAAGAUUCCCCUAUAGUAGAAGACAAAGUAAUAGAAAAUGGCAAACCUGAAAAACAAAACAAGGAGCUAGAAAAUAAAAAGGAUAAUGAUGUAGAAGAAUUAACAGAAAAAAUAAGUACUACGCAAAUAAGUGAUGAUAAAUUAGAUGAAUCUAAAGAAAAGAAACUCACGCAUAAAGAAAAGAAAAAAAUGAAAAAACUACAGGAAUACGAAAAACAAAUGGAAACCAUGUUGAAAAAGGGUGGACAGGGGCAUUCUGAAUUAGAUAGUAAUUUUACUGUAUCACAAACUCAAAAGACUGCUGGACAAUUGGCUGCAUUUGAGAAUGCAGUAGAUAUAAAAGUUGAAAAUUUUAGUAUUUCUGCUAAAGGUAAUGAUUUAUUUGUGAAUGCCAAUUUAUUGAUAGCCCAGGGCAGACAUUAUGGUUUAGUUGGACCUAAUGGCCAUGGUAAAACAACACUGCUGAGACACGUAGCACAACGUGCAUUUGAUAUUCCCCCAAAUAUCGAUAUUCUCUAUUGUGAACAAGAAGUCGUGGCAGAUGAUAAUACUGCUGUUGAAACCGUCCUAGCAGCCGAUGUCAAACGUAAUGAUUUAUUAGCCGAAUGUAAAAAAUUAGAAGCCGCUGCUAAUAGUGGAGAUUUAGAAAUUCAGGAGAGGCUUAACGAAGUUUACAGUGAACUUAAAGCUAUAGGGGCCGAUUCUGCUGAACCUAGGGCUAGGAGAAUUUUAGCUGGUUUAGGAUUCGAUAAGGAAAUGCAGGAUCGUGCUACCAAAAAUUUCUCUGGAGGUUGGAGAAUGAGAGUAUCUUUAGCAAGAGCAUUGUAUAUUGAACCAACGUUACUUUUGCUUGAUGAACCGACUAACCAUUUAGAUUUAAAUGCUGUAAUUUGGCUUGACAAUUACUUGCAAGCUUGGAAAAAGACUCUGUUGAUCGUUUCCCACGACCAGUCUUUCUUAGACAACGUCUGCAAUGAAAUUAUUCAUUUGGAUAACAAGAAAUUAUACUAUUAUAAAGGAAAUUAUUCCAUGUUUAAGAAGAUGCAUGUGCAAAAGAAGAGGGAGAUGAUCAAAGAGUAUGAGAAGCAAGAAAAGAGGAUAAAGGAAUUGAAGUCGUCAGGUUCUUCCAAAAAACAGGCGGAAAAGAAACAAAAAGAAGCCCUUACUAGAAAGCAGGAGAAGAAUAGAACUAAGAUUCAGAAACAAGAAGAGGAUACAACUCCCACAGAACUAUUACAAAGACCUAAAGACUAUUUGGUCAAAUUUCGCUUCCCAGAACCUCCACCUUUGCAGCCACCUGUUUUAGGAUUACACAAUACAAGAUUUGCCUAUCCUGGACAAAAACCUCUAUUUGUAGAUACAGAUUUUGGUAUUGAUAUGAGCAGUAGAGUCGCAAUCGUAGGUCCAAACGGUGUUGGCAAAUCAACAUUCUUGAAGUUAUUAACAGGAGAUCUAUCUCCUGAUAAAGGAGAAAAUAGGAAAAACCAUAGAUUGCGAAUUGGUAGAUUCGAUCAGCACUCUGGUGAACACUUAACGGCUGAAGAAACACCUAGUGAAUAUCUGAUGCGUCUUUUCGACCUUCCCUAUGAAAAGGCUCGUAAACAAUUAGGAACAUUCGGAUUAGCUAGUCACGCACAUACCAUUAAGAUGAAAGAUUUAUCCGGUGGUCAAAAAGCAAGAGUGGCCUUGGCAGAACUCUGUUUGAAUGCUCCCGAUGUAUUAAUUUUGGAUGAACCGACGAACAAUUUAGAUAUAGAAUCCAUAGAUGCCUUAGCUGAAGCAAUUAACGAAUAUACCGGAGGAGUCAUAAUUGUGUCUCACGACGAGCGACUUAUCAGGGAAACCAAUUGCUCUUUAUAUGUCAUAGAAGAUCAAACCAUCAACGAAUUAGAAGGAGACUUCGAUGAUUACAGGAAGGAAUUAUUGGAAAGUUUGGGAGAAGUCAUCAACAGUCCCAGUAUAGCAGCCAAUGCAGCGGUUGCCCAAUAAUAAAUAUAAUUUUGUCCUUGAAAUAUGAUUUUUUUAAAUUCUGCGAUCAUGAUUCGACCUUGUUUUCCAAAAACUUAAAACAUAUUAAGGCUUGUCACGCACAGGGAGCUAUACUAUAAUAUACACACACCUUAUAUGGAAUCAUCUGAUAUUUCUUACUAUUUCGUACGAAUUUAAAAAAACUAACACACGAAGUCAAACAAUAUUUAUUUUAAAGAAAUUUAAUAACAAAUACAUAACAAUUAAAUAAAACAAUAAAGUAUUUAACAAACAAAUUGAAAGUAGUUGUUUUAAAGUCAAUAGCAUACAAAAUUUCAAUGUAAAACGCAUAAUGUUUAAAUUGUUUUUAUUUUUUUUUGUAUUUUGUGGUAGUCAGUGUUAUCACCUCUAGUUCUUAUGCAAGAUUCAGUUUGCGUGGGCACGCUCCUAAUCAAAUUAUCAACAUUUUGUUGUGGUAGGUUGCUCCAUCUUUUAAGAGCAGCUCGUACUAGCCGUGCGGUGUUUUGUGGAUUAUCCCGGCCAGCUCUAAUUUUUCUUUUAAGCAUAUCCCACAAAUACUCUAUAGGAUAAAGCUCGGGUGAGCAAGCAGGCCACUCCAAACAAGGGAUACCUUCUGCUUCAAUGAUGUCUGUAGUCACUCUAAUGGUAUGUAGAGGUCCAUUAUCAUGCAAUAAAAUUAAAUUUUCUCCUGUUGCACCUCUCCAAAGCCUGACUACAGGUUAUCAAAAUACCUGUGAACAGUUAAAGUUGAUUGGAUGAAAAUUAAAGGAGUUUUUUAACGGAUCACAAUUCCUCUCCAGAACAUUACUCUUCACCUUGUAUAUUUGUGAACAGAUCUGACAGUUUUCAUUCUUGCUUGUCUUCCUCGACCACUAAGUACACGAUUUCAUGGGUCAUCUGAUUUUACACAAAUCCUGACUUUUUUUGAAAAUAUGUAGCACAUUUUGUCAAUUCCCAAUGUUCCAAUUUUGGUGGUGAAGACACCAAUUUAGGCGAUCAAUCCUGUGCUGCCUGGAUAACUCGAGAACCCAUAACUGUCUCCUGCUGUAUACUUCUUGGUACGAACUCUUCUUCUUAUCGUUUCAACUGAAACAGUUACACCUGUAGUUUCCAAAAGCUGCCUUUGGAGCUGCAGGUGAGAAAUGGUUGGCUGUUUUCCAGCUGAUUGGACAAUUAAACGAUCGUGGAGAGCUGUUAUUACUUUUGGCUACUUUCCCUUGCUUUACUUUUGAGCUUUCCUUGUUCCUGUUACCUAACAUAGGUUUUGGACAGAACGCCCUGUAUUACGCCUAGCUCUACACUCUACACCUAUGUCCCUCUGAGAACAUUACUUUCUCCACAAGACCAAUAAUCUUUCCUCGUUGUAAGUUCUAUAACCCCACAUGAUGCAUAUUUUCGUUUUUGGACGCAAAAGUUAGUUUAUGUUUCGUUCAAUUUGCAACUCAAUCAAAUAACCUAUACCGUACCGAGCUGUACUAUCCGAUUGUCUUAUAUGUUUGUUUAUUUUCAAUAAAAGCCUUUAUUCUUCGCAACAAUAACAACUUUUUUCAAAAGAAAUAAAUAUUGUUUUGAAAUACAUGGUGAUUCCACAUAAGUUUGGGUGUGUGUAUAUUAAGGUACGUAUCCAUACAUUGCUGCUCCGUAUAGAAGCUCCAUAUAGUGGAUACGUUGGUGCUCGGCGCUCACCCUCUUCGAUUCAACCGGUUUGCGGUUUAUAUGUAGGGGAGCGCAUUCCGUAUCCAUUUGAUCAGCUAUACGGAGCACCAACGUAUUGAUGCGUACCUUUAUAUCUCAUAUAUUACAGAAAUAUCGCUCAUUAUAGUAAUGAGUGAGUCUGCAUACACGAAAAAAGUAUUUGUCGAAUAUGCAACGUCGAGCGAUAUUUUAUAUUUAUAUUUCGCUCCCCGCUAUACUCCUCACUUUUCAGUGUACUAAACCGAAGUGCGGUUUGUUUAUUUGUCGAAGUUUUAGACGAACACGAAAAAUGCAUAGCUAGGGAAUGUUUUAACUACUUGUUACUGAUUUCUGUUUACGAGAUACUAAACAUAUAUUACAUAUUCUGAAAUAUAUGGUAUAUAUAUAUGGUUUACUAUAAUAUAAAUUACGUUUCACUAUUUUGCUAUAAUAUAUAUUAUAGUAUAGCUCCCCGUUCGUGACAAACUUUAACUUGUUGAUUAUUUUAGUAUGAUAAUACUUAUUAUAUUUUAUCAAUUAUAGUUAAUUUUGAAGGAUUAUAAUAUUCCGACUAUACAUACAUAUAUCAUAAAUAUCCUUUGAGAUAUCUUAAUAUAAAAAUAUCUUUUGAGAAAAAAUAAAUCUCUAAAAUUUCAUGCCCCCUCAUUCGAUUAGAUGUUUGAAUUUAAAAAGUCAUAUGUUUGUAAUUGUGAAUGGCCUUAAGGAAUAUUAAUUAAAUGCAUAAUUUACAGAAAGUUUAUUUAUCUUUUAUAUAAUUAUUUUUGCUCAUUGUAUAUUGUGCAUUUUAACAAUAUAUCGACUUGAACGACA